UUGCACAGGCUCUGCUUGGAAGUUGACUCUGACUGGGUCAUAUGUCAAGGGAGAAGUUAUGCUUUACUUGGUUUUUUUUUGGGGGGGGGGAGUGAUGGUUACUUGCAUUUUCUGCACAGAUUGUGCAAAUGAACUAGAACUGUACCCUAUACUCUGCCUUGAGCUCCUUGGAAUAAAGUUGUGCUCUACUUCAGCCAGAAUGGUGAGGAUCCGAAUAUCCAGCACUACAGUUGCAAUCUUCCUUGUGAUUCAGACAGGAUUUCUCCUGUUUUUGUGUGUUCAGCAUGGUGGCUUUAUGUCUCAAUCUGAAGAGAAACCACCCCAGGUGCACAUUCUCAUCCUCUCCUCCUGGAGGUCAGGGUCUUCCUUUGUCGGGCAGCUCUUCAGCCAACACCCUGAUGUCUUCUACUUGAUGGAGCCAGCCUGGCACGUGUGGGUAACCAUGUACCAAAACAGCGCCAAGGUCUUGCACAUGGCAGUGCGGGACCUCAUCCGGUCAGUCUUCAAGUGUGACAUGUCAGUCUUUGAUGCCUACCUGCCCUGGAAGAGAAAUGUGUCAGAUCUUUUCCAGUGGGCAGUGAGUCGUGCCUUGUGCACAGAUCCUGUUUGUGAAUUGUUCCACCGCACUGAUAUCACCAGCGAAAGUGCCUGCAAGGCUGUCUGUGGGAAGUCCCCCUUCAGCAAAGUGGAAGAGGCCUGCAAGAGCUAUAGCCACGUUGUCCUGAAGGAAGUCCGGAUCUUUGACCUCAGAGUGCUUUAUCCUCUCCUCACUGACCCCUCCCUGAACCUCAAAGUCAUCCACCUCGUCCGUGACCCCAGAGCUGUUGUGAAAUCCCGGGAGCAAUCAGCAAAAGCUCUUGCCCGUGACAAUGGGAUUGUCUUGAGCAUGAAUGGCACAAAAGUGGAAGAUGGCCAGUACAAAGUCCUGCAGGAGAUCUGUAGAAGCCACGUUCAGAUUUAUGAAACAGCAACCCUGAAACCUCCAAGUUUUCUGAAAGAUCGUUACUUGAUGAUCCGGUUUGAAGAUCUUGUACGAGAUCCUUUAGUGGAAAUUACAGCAAUGUAUAAAUUUUCAGGUCUUCAGCUGACCAGCAAACUUGAAAACUGGAUCUAUAAUAUCACCCAUGGACAAGGGCCAAGUAGGAAGAGGGAGGCCUUCCAAAUCACUUCCCGAGAUGCAGUCAAUGUCUCCCAGGCAUGGAGGACUGUUCUUUCGUUUCAGAAAGUCAAGCAAGUGCAAGAGGUUUGCAAGGGUGCCUUAAAUAUACUCGGAUACCAACUUGUAGAUUCUGAGAAAGAACAGAAAGAUUUGUCAUUCGAUUUAGUGUUGCCACAUCGAAAAAGUCAAUUCAGCUGGGCAUCCUUUAGUGAAAACUAGGGGAAGUAUGACUAUCUGUAAUCUCUUCUUCGUUGCCCAGGUAACUGGAAAAUAUUUAUUUUGAUUGCUGAA